UGUAGCUCCUGAUUGGUUGGGGUGGUGAUCCCCCGGCUUCUGCGUGGCCUGGGACAUCGGGCGGCUGGUGACUGUGUGCACCGUGUCAUCUGUGCGACAUGCCCGCAAGAAACCCUCACAAAGUCGCCUGCCCGUGCCCGGCCGUCCAUGGCGAGAACACGGGGGGCAGGGAGGAGCCGGACACCGAGGGCAAUGCCGACGACCCAGAGAUCAUCAAAUCUCCCAGUGACCCUAAGAAAUACCGAUUUAUUCAGCUGGACAAUGGCCUCCGGGCUCUCCUCAUCUCUGAUAUGGUGUCCUUGGGUCACACUGCCAGUGACUCCUCCGAUGAAGAUGAAGAAGAAGACGACGACGACGAUGAUGAUGAUGAAGAGGAGUGGGACUCUGAAGAAGAGGGCGAGGAGGAUGAUGAUGAUGAAGAUGAGGAGGAUGAGGACAGCGAGUGUACCAAAGACAAGAAGGGGUGCUCUGAGAAGCUGUCUGCAGCUGCCCUCUGCAUCGGAGUGGGAAGUUUCAGUGAUCCAGAAGAUCUACCCGGGUUAGCGCACUUCUUGGAACACAUGGUUUUCAUGGGCAGCGAAAAAUACCCAGAUGAGAAUGGCUUUGAUGCGUUCCUUAAAAAACACGGAGGCAGCGAUAAUGCCUCAACAGACUGCGAACGCACUAUUUUCCAGUUUGAUGUACAGAGAAAGCAUUUCAAGGAGGCCCUGGACCGGUGGGCACAGUUCUUUAUCUCCCCGCUGAUGGUCAGUGAUGCUGUAGACCGGGAAGUACAAGCUGUGGACAGUGAAUAUGAGCUCGCUCGGCCUUCUGAUGCCAACCGUAAGGAAAUGCUUUUUGGGAGUCUGGCAAAACCUCAGCAUCCAAUGGGAAAGUUUUUCUGGGGAAAUGCUCAGACUUUGAAGUAUGAACCCGAAGCGAACAACAUUGACACCCACAGCCGGCUCCGAGAGUUCUACAGGACGUACUACUCUGCGCACUACAUGACGCUGGCUGUGCAAUCUAACGAAACUUUGGAUACACUGGAAGAAUGGGUGAAGGAGAUAUUUAGUAACGUUCCCAAUAAUGGUUUGCAAAAACCUGAUUUUAGUUACCUGAGUGACCCUUUCGACACCCCAGGAUUUAAUUCACUUUACAGAGUCAUCCCCAUUAAGAAGGUUCAUGCUCUCACUAUAACAUGGGCUCUUCCACCCCAAGAAAAGUUUUACAAGGUGAAACCUCUUCACUAUAUUUCAUGGCUCAUAGGACAUGAGGGUAAAGGCAGCAUUCUGUCCCUGCUGCGCAAGAAGUGCUGGGCACUCGCUCUGUUUGGAGGAAACAGUGAGACCGGCUUUGAGCAGAAUACAACAUACUCUGUGUUCAGUAUUUCCAUCACGCUGACAGACGCAGGAUAUGAACACUUUUAUGAGGUUACUCAUUUGGUAUUCCAGUAUCUGAAAAUGUUACAGCAACUGGGCCCACAAGAGAGGAUCUUCCGGGAAAUUCAGCGAAUUGAGGCCAAUGAAUUUCACUAUCAAGAGCAGACUGAUCCUAUAGAAUUUGUUGAGAAUAUCUGUGAGAACAUGCAGCUUUUCCCCAAAGAAGAUUUACUGACUGGAGAUCAGCUUCUCUUCGAGUACAGCCCUGAUAUCAUUGCCGAUGCUCUUCGACCCCUGACCCCUGAGAAAGUGAACCUACUGCUUCUGUCCCCAGAAAAUGAAGGCAAAUGCAACUUGAAGGAGAAGUGGUUUGGUACUCAGUAUAACAUUGAAGAGAUUGACCCAAAAUGGAAAGAGCUAUGGGCCACUGAUUUCCCUGUUAACCCAGAUCUCCAUCUCCCAGCUGAGAACAAGUUCAUUGCCACUGACUUUACCCUGAAGACCUCUGACUGUGCAGAUGCAGAAUAUCCUGAGAAGAUAGUGGACAUUGAGCAGGGAUGUCUGUGGUUCAAGAAAGACAACAAGUUUAAGAUCCCUAAAGCUUACAUCCGCUUUCAUCUGAUCUCUCCUUUAAUACAGCAAUCGCCUGAAACCUUGGUUCUCUUUGACAUCUUUGUUAAUAUUUUGGCUCACACACUGGCAGAGCCGGCCUAUGAAGCAGAUGUGGCUCAACUAGAAUAUAAGCUGGUGGCUGGAGAACACGGACUUGUUAUUAAAGUGAAGGGAUUCAACCACAAGCUGCCACUACUUUUCGAGUUGAUCAUUGAUCACCUGGCUGACUUUACGGCUUCUCUUGACGUCUAUGAGAUGAUCACAGAACAGCUUAAGAAGACUUACUUCAACCUUCUGAUCAAACCUGAGAAACUGGGAAAGGAUGUGCGGCUCAUGAUCUUAGAACAUAAUCGCUGGUCUAUGAUAGAAAAAUAUCAGACUAUUCUCAAGGGUUUGACUUUAGAACAAUUACUGUCAUUUGUUGAGCAGUUUAAGUCUCGACUGUACGUAGAAGGCUUGGUCCAGGGCAACUUCACCAGUAAGGAGUCUGCAGAGUUUCUGAAUUAUGUUAUGAGUAAGCUGAAGUUUCUGCCUUUGAAGGACAAGGUCCCGGUGCAGUUCCAGGUGGUUGAGUUGCCAACUUCUCACCAUCUGUGUAAAGUCAAGUCCUUGAAUAAAGGGGACUCCAACUCCGAGGUCACUGUGUAUUACCAGUCUGGGGCAAGAAAUUUGCAUGACUACACACUGAUGGAGCUGCUGGUGAUGCACAUGGAGGAACCUUGUUUUGACUUUCUAAGGACUAAGCAGACUCUUGGGUACCAUGUAUAUCCCACCUGCAGAAAUACUUCUGGAAUUCUGGGAUUUUCAGUCACUGUGGAAACGCAAGCAAGUAAAUUCAACUCUGAAUUAGUGGACAAGAAAAUAGAAGAAUUUCUGGUUUGCUUUGGGGACAAAAUUGAGAACUUUACAGAUGACACCUUCAAAACACAGGUCAAGGCUUUAAUAAAGUUGAAGGAAUGCGAGGACACGCACCUUGGUGAAGAAGUGGACAGGAACUGGGAAGAAGUCCUCACUCAGCAGUAUCUUUUCGACCGCUUGGAGCAUGAGAUUGAUGUCCUGAAGACAUUUAAAAAAGGAGACUUGACCAGCUGGUUCCAGGCUCACAGAGGCUGCGACAGGAAGGUUUUGAGUGUACACGUGGUUGGGUUUGGGGAUAAAGAACCGGAUGCUGUGUCCUCUCAGACUCCAUCAGGGGAACCUGAAUCAUCGUAUGGAAACAUCACAAACCUGAUCUUCCUUCCCGCAUCUCCUCUAAUGGCCGACACUGUGCAGAUUAAUGACAUCCGCAGCUUUACCAGCACCUUAAAACUGCUGCCAUAUCACAAGAUCGUGGCUUGAGAGCUCAUGGGACUCUCCUUUUUAGGUGAUGGAAAGUGCAGUGAACUCAUCUACACUUGUAUUUUUCAAGGUUUAUUUUUUUUUUCCUGGAUGCUUUUAAAGAGACAGUUCAUCAAAAAAUUAACAUGACGUAAAGCUCUGAAGGGAGGGCAGGCUGACUCUGCUGCGGCCCCUGACUAUUUUAAAUCUUUUAUUUUCUUUUUUGCGUGUGUAGUGCUUGAUGUUUCAGCACCUAGCUCUAUCAUGUACACUGACCAGCCGUAACAUUAAACGCGCUGACAGGUGAUGUGAAUAACGUGAAUUCUCUUGCGACAAUGGUGUGGGAUAUAUUAGACAACAAGUGAGCAGUCAGUUCUUGAAGUUGAUGUUUUAGAAGCAUAAAAAAUGGCAGGGGUACGGAUCUGAGCGACUGUGACAUGCGCCAAAUUGUGAUGGCUAGAGGACUGGGCAGGAGCAUCCCCAAAAUGGCAGGUCUUGGGGAGGUUUUCCUGAAAUGCAGUGGAUGAUAUAUACCAAACGUGGCCCAAGGAAGAACGACCAGUGACUGGUUCAUUGAUGCGCAUGGGGGGGGCUAAGCCUAGCCUGUCUGGUUUGAUCCCUACUGUAGCACAACUUGCUAAGAAAGUUUAUAGGGUUACUUAGACUUAAAGGGGUACUCCGCCCCUAGACAUCUUAUCCCGCCCCCUCAUCACGUCUCCUCCCAUACACUUGCAUUGAGGGGCAUGACUGUGACGUCACAAUCCUGUGCACCAGAUGACUGGGCUGCAGGCGAGAUCGCACCGGGGACCGCUUUCUUGGAGGGUCCAUUGGGGGACACAACACCCACCCAUUUGUUCUGGUGCCUGUCCGAAGGUUGGUUCAGUUCAUUUUUGUCUGGUUUCCUCGGACAGUUGCUGUUCUUUCUUUCCCUGUUGGUCCUCUCCUACUGCUUUGGGACUAAACUGAUAGCUCAGAGUCUGUAGGUGGGUAUAUCCUGCUGGGAGACGCUGACUUUCUUUUGUUGCCUGGUGUCAGCAGCAUAUACCCACGGUCUCUGUGUCCCCCAAUGGAUCCUCCAAGAAAGAGAUUUUACGGUAAGCACACAAAUCUACUUUUCCCAACCAAGGUGCCUCCAGCUGUUGCAAAAUUACAACUUCCAACAAAAGGGAAACCUUGCCAUAGACCAGUGUUUCCUAACUAGGGUGCCUCCAGCCGAAGGCCGUCCAGGCAUGCUGGGAGUUGUAGUUUGGCAACAGCUUGAGGCACCCUGGUUGGGAAACACUGCCAUAGACAUUGAAUGGACCUGUGGCUCGCCUGUGUGACUGGCCACUUCAUUUAGGACAAGAACCUAGGCCCCAGCAGACUGGCCCACAGCAAUCAUUCACUUAUCCUCAUGUGUAUAGGGCAAACGUCACCUUUAUGGAGUUACUCAAUGCACUUCCGCUAUUAUACAUUUAUUACCUAUCUCGUAGAUACCCGAUAAAUGUUGUUAGUGGGCUAAUCCCUAUAAAGUGACAGGUGAAAGGUCUCUAACACAGGGCAUCACAGCGUGCUGCGUAUGGUGCUGUGUAGCUGCAGACUAGCCAAUAUUUUGCUAACAAGGGAUGACAGAGCCUACUGUGGGCACGUGAGCAUCCAAACUGGACCAUGGAGCAUUUAAUUUUCCGUCAUGUGCUUGGCCAGGUAUAUGUGUGUUGCUUACCUGUGGAAAAGAUGGUGCCAGGAUCCAUUAGGGAAGAAGACAAGCAGGCCGAUGUUACUGUGACAUGAACCUGCUAAAUGUCACAUUGUUGGAUCAGUACAGUGUUUACCAACCAAGGUGCCUCCAGCUGUUGGAAAACAACUUGGCUGUGUGGGCAUGCUGGGAAUUGUUGUUUUCCAACAGCUGGAGGCACCAUGGUUGGGAAACAAUGAAUCAGCAUAAAAGGAGACAUACACAAUAUAGGCAUGUGAUUUUAAUGUUAUGGCUGAUCAGUAUAUCGUUGCCCUUUUAAAAAAAAAAAAAGACACUAAAGAAUUACGCCUGUGUCUUUUUAGUUGCGUUCACAAAUAUAAGAAAACAGUUCAAUGACUUUUUGACUUUCGGUUACGUAGAUCUUUGGUUCUGAACAGCUAUGCAAAAAAUAAACCAGUCAAAUAUUGAAGAUUCACAAUGUAGUAAAAUCCCAUGAUCUUAAAGGGGGUCAUCCACCAUAAGGUGACUCUAAUCCUUACCUGCCAGACAGUAAUGGAUAUGCUUAGGAAGGAUUGUCCUGAGGCUAAAUGACUGUGUUGUGAGUCCACCAUAACGCUGCUUUCUUUUUGUGAAAUGGCUAUUUCCUGUUGAAGUAGCUUCCCUCCAACUACAAGUCCCAGGAUACCUAGUUUGUAAGUGUGAGGUAACUUUUCUCCCUUCCACACUUCAGUCACCCCACCCUUUGCAAUACAGCGGAGCUAAGCAUGCUGUUCAUGAUACUUCAAUUCCCUGAAGCCUUGUGGAGAACGAUCUCCUUCCCACCCAGUGGUCUCUUUACCCAUAGAAGCACAGACAGGCUCCCUCUGAACACCUGACGUGAUGUUAUGUCUUGGGCCACACUGCAACCUGGGAAAAGCUGAGAUGACACAAAUUUUCUAUGCUGUUAAAAAUAAACAUUGGAGAAAAGA